AUGGGAUUUGGCUAUUGGACCGGAACGUUUUGCGGAACAACCGAAUUCAUAGCUUCUGAGGUCCUUACCGAAACAACAUAUAUGCGUAGUGUGGAUUGGUAGGCUUCAGGAAUAUUAAUAUUUCAAAUGCUUGUCGGAGAGGUAAAUAUAUUAUAAAUAUUAAUGUGUGAUAUCAGAUAUAAAACCAUAGCUAAUACAAAUUUGUAUUACGUAUAGUCACCCUUCACAGGUGACGAUAAAAAAAAAAGUGCUUAAUUCUAUAAUAAUCGAUGAAGUCCAAUAUCCUAGGUUUUUAUCGUUAGAAGCUAUUAAAAUCACGAGAAGAGUAUGUUAUUUUAAUUUAUAAUAGAGUACCUAAACUAAAUACUUAUAAAAGAAAAUGUUUUGUUAUUUUUGUGGAUAUAGCUUUUAUAUGAAAAUCCGGAAAAAAAAUUAGGAUCAAGUGAAAGGGACGCAGGAGAUGUGAAAACAAAAGCAUUUUUCGGACAAGUGGCUUGGGAUGAUUUGUUACAGAAAAAGGUAAGAAUCUAA